AUGAUGAAUAGAAGCUAUGGAAAAGUGUCUGCAAAAUGGGUCCCAAUUUUCUCUCUCUGUUUCUUCUUUCUUGGCAUGUUCUUCACCAACAAAUUGUGGGUUCCGUUGGAAUCGAACAAUCAGCUCAUAGCUCAGCGUAGACGUGAACAAGAGCUGCAGAUCGUGUCUGAGGAUUGCACUGCCAAGAAAAAGAAAGCAGGAGGUCAAGAUAAGAAUAUAAUGAAUGAGGUGUACAAAACCCAUGAAGCAAUUCAAUCACUGGACAAGUCAAUUUCAAUGCUUCAGAUGGAGUUAGCAGCCACUAGGGGUGUUCAGGAGAAAGGAAGGACUGACGGGUCGGCUGUAAAUUCUAACGAGGGGCCUCCAAAGAAGAAGGCAUUUAUGGUAAUUGGUAUAAAUACGGCUUUCAGUAGUAGGAAGAGGCGUGAUUCUGUUAGAGAAACUUGGAUGCCUCAAGGCGAACAACUUCAGAGAUUGGAGCAAGAGAAGGGUAUUGUUGUCCGGUUUAUGAUUGGACACAGUGCAACAUCUAAGAGCAUCCUGGAUCGAGCUCUCGACUCUGAAGAAGCUCAACACAAGGACUUUCUCAGGCUGGAGCAUGUUGAAGGAUAUCAUGAAUUAUCGGCAAAAACAAAAAUUUUCUUUGCCACUGCUGCUGAAAAAUGGGAUGCCGAUUUUUAUGUCAAGGUUGACGAUGACGUCCACGUCAAUUUGGGUACACUAGCAGCGACUCUUGCUCGUCAUCGAUCGAAACCCAGAGUUUACGUUGGGUGUAUGAAAUCUGGACCUGUUCUUUCUCAAACGAAUGUUAAAUACCAUGAACCCGAGUUUUGGAAAUUUGGAGAAGAAGGAAAUAAAUACUUCCGACACGCAACUGGUCAGAUUUAUGCUAUUUCUAAGGAUUUGGCUAACUACAUCUCAAUUAAUCAGCCCAUAUUGCACAAGUAUGCGAACGAAGACGUGUCACUUGGUGCUUGGUUUAUUGGUCUCGAAGUCGAGCACAUUGAUGAACGCAGUAUGUGCUGUGGUACUCCACCAGAUUGUGAAUGGAAAGCACAAGCAGGCAACGUCUGUAUUGCCUCUUUCGACUGGAGCUGCAGUGGAAUUUGCAAAUACCAGGUAACCGAAGGCAGUUUCCGGCAUAUCAGGCUUGCAAUUUUUUAUUUAGUUAAAAACGAGAUUAUAUUAGACAAGUCUUUCUACGUGUCAAGCAAUCAAUAUCUUAAGAGGACAUUUGCAUCCCUUGGAGAUGCGAGGAUUAUUCGGCUCAUUGAUACUAACAGACCACCAAGGAACUCAUCGAGUGAGGCCAAGCAACCAUACUCUUUGUACGCGUCUUGA